AUGAAUAAUUUGCAAAGCAAAUAUGCUUCAUAACCAAACAGGCAAACAUCUCUGAAGCCUCCUUUAAAAGACAGCUUAUUGACAAAAAAUCACACACCUGACCAUAUAGUAGGCGUGAAAAACAGCUUUAAUGAAGUCUAAAAAAGGAAGUUUUUCAAAAAAUUUUCAGAGCCAAUAGAUAUAUUAUAUUUAGAUAGAAAAUAUGAAACAAACAAGAAAUAAAUAGAUCCAAAAGUUGAAAAUUAUCAAGCCAUAGCUCAUUAAUUUGAGUAAUAUCCUCCUUGUAGUUAAGAAGAAAGAAAAAAAGGUGUAGCUAGGGCAGAUAUUACAGAAGAAGGAUUAGAUGAUUGGAUAGCUUAAAAUAUGAAUAGAAGCAUUCCUGAAAUGCUUGAUCCUAAAAAAAAAUUUAACGUGCCUUAUAAUUAUUUAGAUAAGCUUAAAGAAAGAUACCCUCAUUUAAUACCAUAAGUUGAAGUAGUUUGCGAAGAUGAAGAAGAAAUGUUUUUAAGAGGUUUAUUAGAGGAUAGCACUAUUGUUGAUAGAAAAACUUUGGAAGAGAAAAAAAAGCAGUUUAAGAGAAAAGCAAACAAAAAAAUACUAGAAUCAUUCUUUCUAAAACAACAGAACAAAGAAAAAGUUAUAGAUUUGAACAUAGACCCUAAAAAAUUAGAACCAAAAGUAAUUCCAGGCACUUAAAUUAAAGUUUCAACAAUAAAAUCUACUCAAGCAAACAACAGUCAAUCAAAUGAAUUUCUUUAAAAAUAUGACAUUCCAACAUAGUCUUCAAAUAAAAAUACUCCUUAUAGUUAAUAAAGUGGGUACAACCCUAGGAUUUCAAUAACCUCUCAUUAAAAAAAAAGAUAUAUAACUAACAAUACUCAAGCUGAUGAACAACCUGAAUAAAAUGAUUCAAAAAAUAAUUUUAGAUCUACAUCCUAUGAUAGCACUUUAAACUCAGCAGCUCAUAAACUGUUUACUCUUAAUAUUAGUAAUUUCUUAAGAAAAUCAAAUAAUGAAAAAGACAUAGAGACGUCCAUAGCAGAAAAGGAACUGAGCUUUAUUGAAGGUUUAAUUAAUAAAUAAAAUGAAAGAAAAUAGCUUGAAGAGUUAACAAGAGAAUAGAAAAAAUAAUCAAUCGAUUAUUUUAAAGAUCUUUAAAAGUAAAAUAGAAAAGAACUAAAUAGAAUUGUGAAUGAUGCUAUGUCAUACUGCUAAAAUCCUCCUGAUUUAGGAUAAUUUUAGCAUAUACCAACCAAUACAUCUCAGUAAGUUACCAAAGAAAAGCGUCCAUAAAGUCAUUCUUCGAGUAGAGCUUAAUCUAGUUCUACAUAAAAAAGAUUCUUUAUAUUAACAAAACUUUAAUCUAAACCCAGUACGGCCUAAUCAGGAAAAAGAGCAACUCAUCUCAAUAACUUUAGUAAUAUAAAUGGCAAUUAAUAUAAUGAAAAAAUAGAUUAUAACGCCUAGUAGACCAAGCAAAGCUUUUAUCUUUAAACAGAUGAAUAAGAAAUUCAUAAAAAAACUCAAAACAACUUUUUUGACUUCUUUCUAUAGGAUAACUUCAUAAAAGUUUAAAAUGAAUCACCUAUAAAAUCCUCCUUAAAUCCCAUAUCAACUAAUUAAGAUUAUAAAAUAAAUAUCAAUAAAUUUUUUGAGAACAAUAGCUCCUAAAAUACUAAUUCUAGCUUCUACUAUUAGUCAUUAAGAACUUAUAAAUAAAAUAAAAUAAAUUAAAUGAGACAGAGAAUCACAUUGAAGGAAUUAACUAAAGACUACAUCAAUUAAGACUAAAAUAAAGGAACAACUAUUUUUAACUAAUCAAAUUUAAAUAAGUUUUAAUAAAAGCAAAGAAUAAAAAGCACAUCUAUGCAUAAUAACAGUAGCUUUACAAAUAACUAUACAUCAAAUCUUCAGACUAGCUUUAAUGGGAACCUAAACGAGUCUAUAAAUUUCAAAAAAAUGGAAUAAAUUUAAACUAAAAAAGAAAAUACAUCUACGAGCAUCAUGCAAGGAACAUCUCCUUCAAAAAAAUAAUCGGAUUUACCAGAGUAAGUAGAAGAUCUUCUAAAUGGUGGCAGUGAGGAUAAUCUGCUUUAACCAAAUGAUGAUUUUGCAAAUCUUGUUUUGCAUCUAGAAGAGCUAACAAUCACUGAAAAAAAACAUGUAAAUUAAAUGUCCAAUGCAGAGUUUUGGUUUUACAAAAGCUGGAAAUUAAUUGAAAAGGGAUAAACAGAAGUAGCUACUUAAUGUUUAAAAUAAGUAUUAAUACAAGAUAAACUCCAUUUUAAAUCUAUUUUUAAUAUGGGCUCUCUCUAUGAGAAAACUAAAAAGUUUAAGACAGCUUUAAAAUGGUUGAAAAUAUCCUAGUAAUUUGGUGAAAAUUUAGAAUAAAUUAAGUAUGGAAUAGCUUUGUGUUUAUAUAAAUUGAAGGUCUUUGAUGAGUCAUACAAUAACAUAAAUUCUUUGAUAAUAUAAAUUAAAGAAAAAGAUGACCCUCCAUCUAGAUAUAUUUAUUUAAGAGCUUUAUGCUUAAAGCAAUUGAAAAGAAUUCAAGAAGCUGAGGAUGAUUAUAAAAUUUUUUAUAAAAAGACAAGCCCUAAGAAUUUUGAUUUGCUCAUGCACUUUAUGAUUUUAUUUUCUUUUAAGUAUAAAAGCAAAAUAGCUAAAUAUCAAGAUAUGGAAAUAAAAUAUUCAGCUAGAACUUUUUGUAACUUCCAUAGUGCUGUUUAGCAAAUUCUUUAAGGAGAAUACUUUGAAAUGAAGCUAACUAAAUUUUACAAAGAAAGUUUGGGAUGGAUAAAUUAAGAUGAAUUAUUACAAAAAUUGCAAAAUUUAUCUUUUUUUAAGAGAUUUGCUGUUUCUUUAUUAAAAAAGUCUUUACCUUACUUAGAGCAUAAUCUCUUAGAAAAAGAAAAGCUUAUCAAUCCACCUGAUGAUGAGAUUUAUAUCAUUAUAUCAGGGUGUGUCUAAGUUUUCGAUCACAGCAAAAAUUAUGAGAAACCUGACAUCGUCUCUUAUUAUACAGAAGGAGAUAUUAUAGGAUGCGAUCAAUUAGAAAAUGAUUUAUCUAAAAAACCAAAUGUGUGGCUAAUUUCCUAAACUCCUAUUGAAUAUAUAAAAAUGAAUAAAAAUUUGUUUUUCGAUUUGUGGAAAGGACAAUACUCAUUAGAAGGAGAAAAGAUAACUUCGUUGCUUAGAAAUUGCCCUAUGUUUAAAGGAAUCUCUGAAAUAUCUAUGUUAAAAUUGAGUUAUGAACUUGUUUCAAUGGAAGAAUUUAAGUAGAAUGAAAUAAUUUAUAAUGAUGGAACUUAUUUAGAAUCAAUGAAUUUCAAUUAUAUUGAGAUGAAGAAAUGCAGCCAAAGGAGAGGAGCUGGUUUGCUAAAAAGAAUUGUAUAAAAAAUGACUUCUUAUACAAGUGCAUUAUAUAAAAUGACUAAAUUUAGAAAAUUUUGUAUAAAAAACAAAUAAAAAAUUUAAAAAUUAAUGUGGAAAACAAAAAUCAUAAAGGGCUUUUAUAUAAUUGUAGAAGGAAUAGUAGAGUUAGAAAAUGAUUAAGGUUGGAGCUAUAUUUUAACCCCAGGAGAUUUCUUUGGUGAAAAUUUAAUUUUCAAAGUCAAAUCUCUUUCUAAUUUUGGAAGAAUUAGAGCUGUUACAGAGAAAGUAAAAGUCCUCUUUUUACCUAGAGAUAAGUUUAAUCAAAUAAAUUCCUUAGAUAGAGCAGUAAUGAAAAGUAAUUGCCUCAAUAGAGAGUAAAUUAAAAAUAUUGAAUAUCAAGCAAAUAGGUAUUCAGAAAUCAGGAAAUUAAAGAAAUAAAGAUAAAGAGAAAAAGAAGAAAAAAUGCUCUAAGAUUAAACAGAUGAAGAUUACAUUUAAUCAUUAAUUUGA